AUGCACAAUCGCACGCCCUUCCCCCUCCUCCGGCUUUUCUCUGGCCCUCAAGGGUCCACCACCGUCCCGCUCUAUCGCUUAUCCACCAUCCCGCCCGCCUGCAUCCCCACUAGUAUGGCCAACGCCCUCGAGCGCGUCAUCUUUGGUCCCACGCAAUUCUACAACAAGGAGAGGGAGGCGGGAAUUACCGAUCUCAGGCAGGUCAAUCGUCAUGCAUCUCUCGACAUGAAAGAUCCGGCGGAUCGAACCACCGACGAUCAGGAAGCCGGCUCGCGUAACGCCAGGCGCUUUUGGCAGAUCCUCAAUCCGGACCAUGUCUUCACAUUUCGAUACGAUGCCCAGGUUGUCCCUUGA